AUGCCUGAACGCCGCCAUAGAGAAAUCUCGCUAGACGAAGUUGAUAUGGACGGCCCAGCACUUGUUCAUGUCGAUACCGGAGGAGCGUCAGGUGGCUAUGCAUCCUUCAAUUCAGCCGGCCACGCCCAUGACCAAGACGACGACAAUCCCACCGACAAUGCUCCACCGCUCUUCAGCAAAUAUGGAGAUUUCCACACAAUCGACUGGCAACGCGAUCUUGCUAGAGAUCGCUUACGCCACAAACUCAUUGUUGGUAAAAGAGCGGAUUUCCCGCUUGGCAUAAUCCAAAGUGCCUGGGAUGCGGGAGCUGGAUGGAUAUGCGUUUUGAUGGUGGGCCUUGCGGCCGGAGCCACUGCUGGUGUUAUAGACAUCGGCGCGCGAUGGAUGAGUGAUUUGAAGGAUGGCGUUUGUGCAGAUCGGUUUUGGCUGGAUCGAGAGCAUUGUUGCUGGUCUUCGAACGACACUGUGUUCAAGGACUCUGACUGUAGUGCAUGGACCACCUGGCCGGAAAUGCUGGACUACUACAAUAGGACUCCUUUCUUCUACGUUUUGGAAUUCAUGUUUUAUGUUGGUUGGGCUGUGUUAAUGUCCACAUUAGCCGUGCUAUUCGUGAAGGUGUUUGCACCUUACGCUUGUGGGUCAGGUAUACCAGAAAUCAAAUGCAUCUUGUCUGGUUUCGUUAUCCGCGGAUAUCUCGGAAAAUGGACUUUCAUCAUCAAGUCCGUCGGUUUGAUCCUGUCAUCUGCAUCCGGUUUGUCACUGGGUAAGGAGGGUCCAAUGGUCCAUCUUGGCUGCUGUAUUGGAAAUAUAUUCUCCUACUUGUUCCCAAAGUAUGGCAUGAAUGAAGCGAAGAAACGAGAAAUUUUGAGUGCCUCUGCAGCGGCAGGUGUGAGUGUGGCUUUUGGAGCUCCCAUUGGAGGCGUCCUCUUCAGCUUGGAAGAAGCUUCGUACUACUUCCCGUUGAAAACAAUGUGGCGAUCGUUCUUCUGCGCUUUGAUUGCCGGAAUCAUAUUGCGGAUAGUGAAUCCUUUUGGAAGCGAUCAAACGUCGCUAUUCCAUGUGGACUACAUGAUGAAAUGGACGUUCGUCGAGCUUAUCCCAUUUGCUGGUCUGGGGUUGUUCGGCGGCAUUCUUGGAAGCAUGUUCAUUUUUGGGAACAUCAGGUUUGUGUCGCUGAUUGUUGCCGUCUGUUACGCAUUUUUUCUUUCCCAUGUCGCAUAGGG